AUGGCGAAACCGAAGUGCUUCGAGAAACAGGAACAAUCCCCGUCAAAAGACUCCAUCGCGCCAAAGGAAACCAUUUUGUUGGUACCAUUAUCGCUUUGGACAUGCAACCGGGUGUUUCAGGAGUGCCUGGACAUGUCCUGCUUUCCGCAGCCGUGGAAAAAGCAGCGACUGGUGCUUCUGCCAAAGCCAGGCAAGUCAUCGGGCGAGCAGUCGUCCUUUCGCCCGAUUUGCCUGAUAGACAACACAGGCCAGGCUUUGGAGCGGCUGCUGUUGAACCGGCUCAACGAGCACAUCGAGGAUCCAGAGAGUCCGCCAAUGUCCGAGCAGCAUUUCGGAUUCCGGCGAGGGCGAUCAACUCUGCAGGCCAUACAGCAGGUCGUAGAUGCGGGACGAGAGGCAAAGUCCUUCGGCAGGACGAACAACCGUGAGUGGCGCUGCUUCAUGGUUGUGGCUUUGGACGUCCGCAACGCGUUCAACACGGCUAGCUGGCAGAGUAUCGCCGAGGCGCUCCAGGCGAAGGGGAUCCCAGCGCAGUUGCGCCGUAUACUGCAGGACUACUUCGCCGACAGGGAGCUCGUGUACGACACGGCGGACGGGCCGGUUACGCGCCGAGUAUCGGCAGGUGUUCCACAGGGAUCCAUAUUGGGCCCCGCAUUGUGGAACAUUAUGUACGACGGCGUGCUAGCCGUAGAGCUCCCUGAGGGCGUCUCCAUCGUGGGAUUCGCCGAUGAUCUUGCGAUCCUGGCAGCGGGGACAACUCCAGAACACGCCGCGGCGAUUGCGGAGGAAGCGGUGGCAGCGGUCAACAGCUGGAUGGUGCGGCAUAAACUCUCCUUGGCGCCGGAGAAGACGGAGCUGUUGAUGAUCUCCAGCAAGCGCAGCGGAUAUCGGAACAUCCCGGUUAAUAUCUGCGGAGUGGAAGUGCGCUCGAAGCGGUCGAUCCGUUACUUGGGGGUCAUGCUACACGUUAGUUUUAGCCGGAGAACUGCCCUACCACCUCCUGGUGAAGGAAGACGCCCGCUGCUACAAUCGACUGCAGUUAAGCCCGGACAGCAGUCGAGAGGCGAUUCGCCAGGAGGAAAAGGAUUCCCGCCGUGUUGGCACGCCGUGUUGGCACGCGCAGCGGCCAAUGAAGCAGCAGAGCCGACAGAGGAGGUCGAGGAGGAGGAGUUGCAGUACCGGAGAAGGCGUCGGGCCGGAGAGCUCGGAGACGUUCCGCAGGGUCGCCAGAGGCGUGGGCGAAUACCACCAUCCGCAGCGGAGCUGGAGCGAAGACGGCUCAACAGGCGACAGAGGGAGAGACAACGGCGGCUGGAGCAACGGCAAGCGGAGGUCGAGGCUCAGCCUCCCCCGUGGGACGAGAUGCCGAGCUCUCAGCUGGCCGAAAGGAGAUUUGGCCUCACGGAGGACGAGCGAGCGGCCGUCACAUCAGCGAAUCCGUGGAAAAAGCAGCGACUGGUGCUUCUGCCAAAGCCAGGCAAGUCAUCGGGCGAGCAGUCGUCCUUUCGCCCGAUUUGCCUGAUAGACAACACAGGCCAGGCUUUGGAGCGGCUGCUGUUGAACCGGCUCAACGAGCACAUCGAGGAUCCAGAGAGUCCGCCAAUGUCCGAGCAGCAUUUCGGAUUCCGGCGAGGGCGAUCAACUCUGCAGGCCAUACAGCAGGUCGUAGAUGCGGGACGAGAGGCAAAGUCCUUCGGCAGGACGAACAACCGUGAGUGGCGCUGCUUCAUGGUUGUGGCUUUGGACGUCCGCAACGCGUUCAACACGGCUAGCUGGCAGAGUAUCGCCGAGGCGCUCCAGGCGAAGGGGAUCCCAGCGCAGUUGCGCCGUAUACUGCAGGACUACUUCGCCGACAGGGAGCUCGUGUACGACACGGCGGACGGGCCGGUUACGCGCCGAGUAUCGGCAGGUGUUCCACAGGGAUCCAUAUUGGGCCCCGCAUUGUGGAACAUUAUCGGGGACAACUCCAGAACACGCCGCGGCGAUUGCGGAGGAAGCGGUGGCAGCGGUCAACAGCUGGAUGUUUUAGCCGGAGAACUGCCCUACCACCUCCUGGUGAAGGAAGACGCCCGCUGCUACAAUCGACUGCAGUUAAGCCCGGACAGCAGUCGAGAGGCGAUUCGCCAGGAGGAAAAGGAGACAUCGCUGCAGCUGUGGCAGCAGCAGUGGGACGACGUGGCGGCGAACAACAACAGCCGCUAUCUACGUUGGGCCCACCGACAAGUGCCAGACGUGCGCCUGUGGACGGGACGGAAGCACGGAGAGGUAGAUUUCUACCUCUCGCAGGUACUUAAAAUACUUAGUGGACACGCCUUCGUCCACGAGUUCCUGCACGUGUUCGGGUUCGCUCCAUCCCCGGAUUGUCCCAGGUGCGCAGGGUCGGUCGAGACGGUGGCCCACGUAAUGUUCGAGUGUCCACGUUUCGCGGAUGUUCGGGCGGAGUAUCUUCAAGGCGUCGACGAACACAACCUCGGCAGCCGCCUGUUGGAGAGUGCGGAGUGGUGGGACCGCAUCCAGCAAGCGGCUCGGCGGAUCUUCUCCGUUCUGCAGGAGGACUGGCGGGAGGAGCAGCAAAACUUGGCAGCCGCUGAGGCUGCUCAGCCAGACCCUGCAUUAAGCCCGCCCGAGGAUAUAGUGGAGGCAGAACGGAGACGGCUGAUGCGACGCCUAGAGGUGCGCAACCGCAGCGCCCGGCGGAGGCGGCAACAACAACGGCAGCAGCGACUCGGCGACUUCGAGCUGGCACCAGCCGUGUUGGCACGCGCAGCGGCCAAUGAAGCAGCAGAGCCGACAGGGGAGGUCGAGGAGGAGGAGUUGCAGUACCGGAGAAGGCGUCGGGCCGGAGAGCUCGGAGACGUUCCGCAGGGUCGCCAGAGGCGUGGGCGAAUACCACCAUCCGCAGCGGAGCUGGAGCGAAGACGGCUCAACAGGCGACAGAGGGAGAGACAACGGCGGCUGGAGCAACGGCAAGCGGAGGUCGAGGCUCAGCCUCCCCCGUGGGACGAGAUGCCGAGCUCUCAGCUGGCCGAAAGGAGAUCUGGCCUCACGGAGGACGAGCGAGCGGCCGUCACAUCAGCGAAUGUACCAGCGCACUGA